ACUAAUUCUAGACAUCCUUCUGGAUUUUUUGACAUAGGCUUGGUAAUUUUAGGGCCUAUGGUUUAUUAUAUAUGAAUUAUUGAAAUUGGAUAUGUAUAUAUGUGACAUAGUUUGGCAUGCUGAAUUCCCCAAAUAUUUUUCCAUGCUUCCCAUUGGCCAAUGACCCUAAUUUUUUGCAUGAAGCUUGUUUAACAUGUUAGCUAUCACUGAUAAUUUUUGUGGAUUUUUACAAUCCAUUUUCGAUUUGAUUAGUAUUUUUUCUUACUGCCUAGCAUGUUAGAGUUCCAUUGGUGUAACCUUUAGCAUUUAUGUUGCCAUAUCCUCAUAAUUAAUCCAAUGGACAUGAAAAUUGAUAGCAUAAUUCCUGACACAUUAAUGUAGCUUUUGGCUUUGGUCCUACUGAUUUAUGAUGCACCAUUGCUGUUUACCAUUAGAUUGAAGUUGGUGUAUAAAUUUUGACUUCAUUUGAUGUUGUUUUUGCAUGCUGUACCAUGUUUAAUUAAUUCCUAUUGAUCUAUUAGGCCAAAUGACUUGAAAUUUAAUAUGUGACUUGUUGAAUGCCUUGUGGUUAGGAUAGAAUUUUUGUGGAUUUUUUGGAUCCUUUUUGACAUGUGGUUGGAUAUGAUCUUGCUGGUUGUUUGUAUGAGACUCAACAUUGCUUCAUUUGCCUUCUAGGUUGCAUAAUUUAAAAUAGGAACAUAGUUUGAAUAUGGGACCAAUUGGGAUCCCUUUGUAUUUGAUAUUACUUGGUUUUCAUCAUGAAUUGGCUGCUGUUUUAGGAUUUUUCCAUCUUUUUGACCCUAGGCUAGUCCUAGUGGUCAUAGUACUUACCUUGGAGUGUGAUUGUACCUUUUCAGGUUAAAGAUAAUGAUUAAGGAGAUUUGCUCCACAUUAUGGAUUGUGUUACUUGACACAUAUGACUAAUGUAUUUGUUUUGUAGGAUGUUGGUGCAUGUGAGCCUUGUGCUAUGCACCUCAUUAUGAGUAUAAUUGUACUUGGUUAAUUGAUCAUUAUAUUGUUGUCUGUUUGUGAAAGUAGAUGCUGAUUCUGUUUGACUUUUGUACAGGUACCUUUAGUUGCUCAAUUCCUUGCGAACUUUUGCUUUGCGUUGCUUAAGCAACUUGCAUUGAGGGACCCUUUGGAUCGAGAUCUUGGCUGAGAGACUUUCUAUUCAGAGAUGAGAAGACCCGGCUUGAAGGAUGAUGUUGCUUACAGUUUCUUUGACCCGGAUAUCAGUGUGUUGAAGGAUAUGAUAGCGUUGAUCACUCCUGACCAUGUGGGGUUGUUUCGUGCGGUGUAUGGGGGUAUUCUGAAGAUGGUUUUCAGGCUCAUGGACAGAGACAGGAGCGCCAUCCAUACUCUACUUCAGUUUUACGAUCCCGAGCUGAGAUGUUUCGUCUUCCCAGAUUACGUGCUAGGGCCGAUGUUGGAAGAUUAUGCUGAUAUUUUGAAUAUCCAGAUCAGGGAUCAAGUUCCUUUCCGUGUUACUAAGGAAGAACCUGAUAUUGGUGGGAUUUCCCGUGCUUUCUAUCUGAGUCCAGAGGAAGUGAAGAGUAAUCUGAAGGAGAAGGGUAAGCUGCCUGGUUUUCAUCUGAGUUUCCUAGAGGCUAAGGCUAAAGAGCAGUCAGAAUUGGGGAAUUGGGAAGCUGUCUGUGCUCUGGUUGCGGCGAGCAUUUAUGGGAUCAUUUUGUUUCCCAACCAGAAGAACUUUGUGGAUAUCAAUGCCAUCCGCCUGUUUAUUCGAAGGAAUCCUAUCCCUACAUUGAUUGGAGAUGUCUAUUAUUCGGUUCAUAACCGGAAUGAGAAGAGGCGUGGGGGUUUGAUUCGAUGCUGCACGCAGUUAUUGGUCAAGUGGUUUAUGGGUGACUAUUACUAA